CGCACCUUCCCGGCCCGGCUGACGAUUCAUUCAAAAGGCGCGCAGCCUGCGCGACCGCCGGUGCGUACCGGGCCCCGCGUUGACCCGGGAACCGGCUACUGGAGCUGCUGCGGGGCGGCCAGGCUGGUAACCCUCUGCCUGAGGAUGAAGCUGAGCCUGCAGCACUGGCCCCUGUCCUGCCUCCUUGUGCUGCUGCCCUGGCCUCUGGUCACUCCAACAUCAACCACCCCUUGGCAGUGCCCGCCAGGAGAGGAGCCCAACCUGGACCCGGGGCAAGGCACAUCAUGCAGGUCCUGCCCCCCAGGCACCUUCUCAGCCUCAUGGGGCUCCAGCCCAUGCCAGCCCCACUCCCACUGCAGGCCUCAAGGGAGGCUCGAGGCCCAGGCAGGCACAGCGACUCGAGACACACUCUGUGGAGACUGCCAGUCUGGGUGGUUUGCCCCUUCAGAGGCCCCCCAUGUUCCCUGUCGGCCAUGUUCCUGGACACCUCUGAGAAUCCUCAGCUGUUAUGAACGGGGGCGGCGGGCCCGACGUGGUGUGGAGGUGGCCACAGGGACCAGCAGAGCUGGGGAGACACGGCAGCCUGGGAACAGCACGCGGGCGGGCGGCCCUGAGGAGACGGCUGCCCAGUAUGCAGUUAUUGCCAUCGUGCCAGUCUUCUGCCUCAUGGGGCUGCUGGGCAUCCUAGUGUGUAACCUGCUCAAGCAGAAAGGCUACCACUGCACAGCCCACAAGGAGGCCGGGCCUGGCCCUGGAGGUGGAGGCAGCGGGAUCAACCCUGCUUACCGGGCUGAGGAUGCCAACGAGGACACCAUUGGGGUCUUGGUGCGCCUGAUCACAGAGAAGAAAGAGAAUGCGGCGGCCCUGGAGGAGCUGCUGAAAGAGUAUCACAGCAAACAGCUGGUGCAGACCAGCCACGGGCCUGUGCCCAGGCUGCCGCUGGGCUCCCCCAAUAUGCUGCAUAUCUGCCCCCAUCGCUACCACCUCCACACCGUGCAGGGCCUGGCCUCGGUCUCUGGCCCCUGCUGCUCUCGCUGUAGCCAGAAGAAGUGGCCUGAGGUGCUGCUGUCCCCUGAGGCUGCAGCUGCCACCACUCCCACCCCCAGAGUCCUGCCUAACCCAGCCAGGGUUCCCAAGACUGGAGCCAAGGCAGGACGCCAGGGCGAGAUCACCAUCUUGUCUGUGGGCAGGUUCCGUGUGGCUCGAAUUCCUGAGCAGCGGACAAGUUCAAUGGCCUCUGAAGUGAAGACCGUCACGGAGGCUGGGCUUUCAGGGGGUGACCUCCCUGACUCCUCACAGCCUGGCCUCCCCACUGAGCAGUGGGCACUGCUGGGAAGUGGUGGAAGUCAUACUAAGUGGCUGAAUCCCCCAGCAGAGAAUAUGGCUGAGGAGAACUGCUAUGUGGUCCGCCUGAGUGAGAGCAACCUGGUCAUCUGAGGGGCUGUCUUACCUGAGAACACUGUAGCCCUGCCCUGGGAGGUUCUGAAGACAUCCUGGAGGAGGCAGAGUUGCAGCUUGGCCUGUGAGGAUCAAGAAGCAAUGGCCCAGUAGGCAAAACAGCAAAGGCCCAGGCCUGGAGGUGGAGUGUCCGCCCCAGUGAGGAGGAUGGCUGGUUGCUGGGUGUGGUGUGGUGUCCAGCAGCAGGUUGAGAGCCCCUCCCUUCCCCUGCUGCCCAGUGUCUCCCCGAUCCCGUGCUCUGCCCUGGCCAGAUCCUAGGAGCAUGCAGGACCCUCUGCACCACCAGUUGGCCAGGCCUUGGUGGUGAGGAGGUGCCCUCUGCCUCUACAGGGCCCUAGAGCAGAUGUACCUCCCCCUCGUCUUCUGCAGAUCCUGUAAAGGGAAGGGCAACAAAAAACUGCGCUGGGAGGUUGUGCUCCUUGGUUCUAAUCCUGGGCAAGCCUCUGGCUAUCACUGGGUCCCAACCCCGGUGGCUAUGAAGUAGGGAGAGCAAUGUCUCAGUGCCCAGAGCCCCUCCAGCCCCUUGCGGGCUCUGGACUUGGUUGUGUGUGAGGGCUUGACUCCUUGCCACCCUUACCAUUAGGAGCUUUAUUUGGCCCCAUUUGUGCUGUUUCCAGGGCCUCUACAUUUAAGCCCCUGUGGGGCUGCCCAUCCAUGGCUCUGCCUUCAGAAGAGGCUUAAUGCAUGUGCCUGUCCCUACCCUGUUGUUAUUGAAAUUAAACAGACAGCCUGGGCAGAACUGUGUGCAGAGCCCCAGCCUGCCCAGCCACCCCCAAGAUCUCAGGGGCUUCAGGAGAGAGGGGUGUGUGACAGGCCUGGAGAGGCACCUCUGGCCUCAGUAGCAUCUGUCCCCCAGCCUGGGCAGUGCGGGCGACUGCCCAGCCUCUGUCUCCGCUAUGGCUGAGCAACCCGAUUAUUUAUGUGGGGCUUUGCAGGCAUGGGCCCCAGUCAUGCCCUUUUCUGUUAUUUAUUGAAACUUUGCUGCCAUCCUCUCCUUGCAUCUCCAUCCCUGUCCAUUUGUUGAAUAAAAGGUGGGAAAAUGGU